CCGAGUGAGGCUAAGUCAAACCAAAACAAACCCUAGAAAGCUCCAGACUCAGAGCAUCGAUCGAGAGGAUCAAUGGCGGACGAGGUAAUACUGCUGGACAAAUGGGUGAGCCCGUUCGGGAUGCGGGUGAGGAUCGCUCUGGCUGAGAAGGGGAUCAAGUACGAGUACAGGGACGAAGAUUUGAGGAACAAGGGCGAGCUGCUGCUGAAGAUGAACCCGGUUCACAAGAAGAUCCCGGUUCUGAUUCACAACGGGAAGCCCGUCUGCGAGUCCAACAUCAUCGUUCAGUAUGUGGAUGAGGUUUGGCACGACAAGGCUCCAUUGUUGCCCUCUGAUCCUUACCUCAGAGCUCAAGCUAGGUUCUGGGCUGACUUCGUCGAUAAGAAGAUCUACGAUACAGGAAGGAAGCUAUGGACGACGAAAGGGGACGAGCAGAAGUCAGCAACAGAGGAGUUCAUCGGGUACCUGAAGACACUGGAAGCAGAGCUCGGCGACAAGCCAUAUUACGGAGGGGAGAAGAUGAACUAUGUGGAUGUAACAAUGAUACCAUUCUACUCGUGGUUCCACACCUAUGAAGCCAGUGGCAACUUCAGCAUUGAAUCCCACUGCCCCAAGCUGAUGGCAUGGGCCAAGAGGUGCAUGCAGCACGAGAGCGUGUCGAAAACCCUUCCCGAGCCCGAGAAGAACUAUGAGUUCGUUCUGCAGAUGAAAAAGAGGCUUGGGAUUGAGUAAGUGAAGAGUCUUCUAUAGAUUCUUCUCCUAUUGUUAGUUCCAAGUCCAAAUGGAGCUAAGCUAGUCUGUAUUUUUUAAGUGCUGUGAGUUGAGGAAAUAAAGGAAAGGCACUUUGAUGUUUGUAUGUGGCUUUAGGAUUGUAGGGUUGGUGUGCCUUAUGGAAGGGGCACUUAAAUGUGCCAUUCAUGAGUCUACUGUGGUUGAGUGGUGUAUCAGUACUGUAAUGUUGAACCAUUUUGGCAGUGUUGGGUGUAGUUUCAGAUCCUCCAGUGCAGUUAGCACUUAAAUGUAACAUUACUAUUUAAGUGAUUCGGAAGUUGUCCAGUAGAAACUAGAAAGAUUUUCACUCUAUAGUAUUCUCACCUCAGAAACAACAUUUUCAUCUUUUACUGUUUGAUAUCUUCAAAAGAAUAUUCAUCCCUCGAAGAAGAAGAAGAUAGGGUGAAGUUCUUCAAGUUAUCGCCAUGUUAUCUCCAACCAAGGGGAGGUCCAAUUACAUUACAUGCACUGAUGGUCUGAUGCACAAGCUCGAGACACUUGCUAGCCGCAUGUUAAGCUUACGCGUGGUACCCUGUGGCAGCACAGCACAGCACGUUACAGUACUAUUAUUAUGGAGAAAACAUAAAUGAAUGAAUAGAUAGAUAGAUAGAGCUUUAAUAAAUGGAGAGAAUGGAAGUAAGUGAAGGCCCAUGCAUGUUGAUAUGCGUGACCUUCCCACUUCAUUUCUGGACCAGUAAACGAUUCAUUUCCUCUCAUCGAUGACUGAUGGAUGUUGAUACAUAAGGCUGCGUUUGUUAAUAUCAUUUUUUUAGAUCUACCGGAGUGGCGUAGCCACACUUUGAAUGGACGGAUCCUUACAAAUUUCUGAGUUGAUAGGGAUAGUAUUUCAGAGAGUAUGAGGUCCUAUAUUUCAAGAAUUAUGCUAGAAUGUAUAUAUUUAAAGGAUUUGGUAUCCAAUUUUUUGCUAAGCGGAGUCCUAAUAGCCCAAUCUUCAAGGGCUCGGAUGUAUGUAUCGUGUUGCGGGUUGUUCUUUGACAUACGUUGUCAGUUGUCUCAUGAAGACGUACAAGGAUGAUAUAAAUAAAAAUUCAACGGUACU